UUUUGCAAAGCUGCAUGACAGCUGAUGGAAAACAUUUUAUUGUUUUCUUUUUUCUUGUGAGAAAAAUAUUUUAAAUCCAAAGGUUUAAUUAAAAGUGAUGCGCUAUUAUUCCCCUACAAGAUGCCGAAGGGAACAAAGCAAAAGAUUCCUAAGAACAAACCUUAUUCUAAGGAAGAUCUAAAGAAUGCCUUGAAGUGUGUUCAAGGUGGUUCUACCAUAACCUAUGCAUCUGAAACAUUUAAUGUACCAAGAGCGACACUGUACAACAAAUUGUCCGGCAGAUACCCGGAAGACUGCCACAAUGGCAGGCCAACGACGCUUACAAAAGAACAAGAAGAGGAACUUGUCAUGUGGAUCCUGGGAUGUGCAGAAGGUUGGCAUCCAAUCGGCAAGGAACAAAUUCUGGACAGCGUCAAAAUCAUCUGCAAGACCUUCAAAAUACCAAAUUAUUUUACGGAUGGAAGGCCUGGAGAUGCAUGGUUCAGGAAUUUUAUCAAGCGUCAUCCAGAGCUGAGAAAGCACAAGCCAAAGUUUUUCCCAUUGAAAAGGGAGGUGGUUACUGCUGAACAUCUCACGGAAUGGUUUCAGAAGUGUCAAGAAUAUUUCACAGAACACAAUCUGCUGACCAUUUCACCAGACCGGGUUUUUAAUUUCGACGAAUGUGCCUUUUUCUUGAGACCAGAAGAUGGAAAUGUAUUGGCCAGGAAGAGUUCACGUGUUGUGCGAACUCUUAAAAAUUCUGGACCGAAGGAAUUUGCCACAAUACUCUUCAUGGUGUCUGCUACUGGUCAACUUGUUCCUCCAAUGGUUAUUCAUAAAACGAAUAUUACACCAAAAAUUGCGGUUCACAACGCAGAAGGAUGGAAAAUGGGAAAGUCACCACAAAGUGGCUGGAUGGAUGGGUCACUUUUCUAUGAGUACAUCACUAAUGUAUUCUUUCCUUGGCUGAAGAGUCAAGGCAUACAGUUCCCAGUCGUACUCUAUCUGGAUGGUCAUGCUUCUGAUGUGACACUUCCAUUGAGUAAGUUCUGUAAAGAGAACGGAAUUGUUCUUGUGCUUCUUUAUCCAAACUCGAGCCACCUUAUCCAACCAUUGGAUACAGUUUUCUUCGAACUUAUGAAGGUAGCUUACACGAAAGAAGUUAAAAAAUGGAAAAUGAGUAAUUUGUCAUCAGAUCGAUUCCAUCCAAUGCACGUGGCAAAAGUUGUGAAUGCUGCUCUUAAGCAUUUGGAUCUCCCGAAGAUUGCGAAGGAUGGUUUUCGAGGAUGUGGUUUGGUGCCAUUCAACCCUGAUGUUGUGAAUACCAUGGACUUCCUGAAGCCAAGGAAGUCAGAAAAUCUGGAAUUGAGUCUCUCAAAUGAUCAAUCAGAUCAAUCAGAGAACGACAAUGACAUUGCGAAUGUUGCGAAUGCUUUUACAGCUUCUGACUAUGAAGUUGCUCUUCGAAUUCUUGAUCAUCUCAUCUCACCUGACACUCUCAAGAAGUUCAAUGAAUGCAAGGAGGAUCGCAUUUGGAGUGGAUCAUCCAAAGAUAAGCAUUUGUUCGAGGUUUGGUGCAAAGUGAAUGAACGCUGUGCGCCACAAUCUCUUGAAUCACUCUCUACCUCGAUCUCCGUUGACUACAGAGAUUUAGAAAUUUGUGACCACUUCUUGUCCACAGCGGGAAAUGCAAAUCAGACAAGUGAAUAUUUGGGAUUCUGAUUUGUUUUCAAAUGCACUCCAGAACGAUAUUCAAACGUUCGGAGCAAGAGUAUUACCAAUAACCAGCAGAGUCAGGCCGUCCAGUCUUCCUCAAAUGAUCCUGGUAUUUCCGAGGUUCCAGAUACCAAACCAAUUUUCAACACUAUAAAAACUAAUUUCUCUUGGCCUUGAGAGCUUCCUAAACGCCACCAAAAGAAGAAGAAUAAAAUUGCUGAGAAGGAGGAAAAAGUAAAGCGUGAGAUGAAGAAAAAAGCGGAGACUGAAGAAAGAAAACGAACGAGGGAGGAAUACGAGAAAAUCAAGGGAGAAAACAGGAAAAUCAGGAUGGAAGAUUGAUGCUGAGACAGAGAUGCCUAAGAAAACCGUGAAGAAGCGUGGUAGACCUAAAAAAAAGACUGAAGAAUAAUAAAAGCAAAAAUAUCUGUCUAUAAAUACACAAAUAAAUUAAUAAAUUGAUGAGUGAAGUGAUAAAA